GGGGGAGAGCUUAAAGGUAUUCACAAACCCUGGUCAAAUCUUAACCGGCUGCAUAUAACAGGCCAUAUUCCGAUUUUGAUUUCAUUUGAGCCCCAUUAGAGACACGGCCGCAGUCUUCCUAAAUUGGACAACGAAUCACCCACCUCGAUAUCCGCAUUCUGCUUUCCUGUCCGCCGGAGGGGCUCUGAGAAGCAGGAUGCCUCACGCCUUGUCGAUGGCCUCAACCGGGCUUCAAGCCCUCAUUCUCUGUGGGCCCGGGUCUUCGUUCCCUACGUUCACCUCCAAUCCAGAUGAGAACCCCAAAGCUCUGCUCCCCAUCGCCAACCGCCCUAUGGUGUGGUAUCCUAUUGACUUCUGUCUCCGCACUGGCAUCACAAACAUAACUCUCAUCUGCCCUCCAUCGGCUUCAAAAGCAUUGACAGCCGCUCUAAACACCAAUCCCUAUCUGACGGCGCUGCCUCUGCCACGGCCAGACGUCUUGGCUCCUGCUGACCUUGACCAGAAUACUGGUACAGCUGAAAUCUUGCGGCUGCCCGAGAUCAGGAAGCUAGUGGUUGGCGAUUUUGUUGUUCUACCUUGCGAUCUCGUUUGCGAGCUUGCUGGCGAGCAGCUGCUCCAAGCAUGGAUGGUUAAAUCCGCCAGCCUCACGGGCCUCCUAGGGACACGGCAGCUCUCAAACGGCCACCAGAGCAGAUACAGCGGAGGUCUUGGCGUAUGGUAUGACACAAAAGCCAGCGCCCCAGUCAAAGGCGAAGAGACAGACUUCAUCUCCACGGCUCCUCUACCCUCUUCCCCAACUGUCUCUCCGAAAGGAUCCAUCUUUCCAAACGUAUCAAAACUAGUUUACUCUAUGCCCACGGAUUCCUUCAACGAUCUCACCGAGGAAAGAAAAGCCAUUCCAAUCCGGCACGGUCUGAUGAAGGCUAACCCUCGAGUUCGCAUGUACACGAAUCACAGAGACGCGCAUAUCUACAUUUUCCCUCGAUGGAUCCUGGAUUUUAUCAAAAAGAAUGAACGCUUGGAGAGCAUUGGUGAGGACGUGAUAGGCUGGUGGGCCAAGGCCGGAUGGCAGUCUGGCCUGGCGGAAAAGCUCCAGUUCGGCGAGGUUCUGCGCAGCGGCGAUGAUGACGGCGAGGAAAAUGAAUCUGUUGGUGGCCGCUCAUCUCCCACUGAGUCCACCCCUGACAACCAGGACAACUCAAAGGCGGCCACUUCAACAAAUACCACUACGGAUGACAAGAACGGACUUACAGCAACGACAUCAGCAUUUGAGCCCCCAUCUAUCCUUGCCUACAUUCACUCCCACAAGGAGGGAGCAACAGGUUCAAUAGUCCGCCGCGUUGAUACGGCACAGCUCCUUUUGGCUGUUUCUUUACAGCUAGCGAAGCUACCUUCUCUAGAGGAAGCAGACGCCGAAUCCGUGUCGCCCUUUGCGCACCCUAGGAAAGUCGCUUACCCCGAGGGUGUGAAGCCUCGUACUACCAUCACGAAGCAAGACAGUCUUAUCGGCGAAAACGUUACCGUUGAAGAGAAGACGUCCAUCAAAGAGACCGUUAUUGGGGCUGGUUGCCAAAUCAACGAAGGAGCCAAGCUGUCUCAGUGUCUUCUCAUGGAAGGCGUUGUUGUUGGAAAGGGAUGCAAACUCACAAGAUGUAUCCUUGGUAAGAGGUGUAUCAUUGGUGCUGGUUCCGUUCUCACAGACUGUGAGGUGCAGGAGAACCUUAUUGUCGAGCCACGGACCGAGGACAAGGAUAACAAGCUCAUGAGCUCUGAGGGUCUCGAGGCCACAGAGGCGGAAAUGGAAGAGGUCCUCAAUGAGAUGGACGAAGAGGUAGCCGCAACAGGGGAAGAUCUGGAUUUGGAAUAAGGUGUCAAAAGUUGGCUAUAGAAAAAAAAAAUAAAGUGAAAAUUUGUCUAUUUUGAUGAGUGCUGGCCUACGCGUUGACGAAGCGGUACACAUAUCUUCACUCGUCUUGAUCCGUUCUGUCGCGGCAGAGUUGCACACCACAAGAUAGAAUAACACAGGCAGCGUCGAUCAAAGCUCGCGCCAGUAUUAUCGCAGAGCCAUAAAACAGCUACACCAUAAUCCCAAACCUACCCUAGAAUAGCAAAUUCCAGUUUGUAAACUUACCUACAACUUGCUGCCU